AUGAGCUAUUAUGAACGUCUUGAAUUGUUUGCGCCUGCUUUUCCGUGUUAUUGCACCGCAAUCAGACCGCCACCACCAUCACAUCCGUCAGGUAUUAUUCACGGCGGUCAGUAUAUCAGCAAACAGUCGCCACACCAACCGUUCUAUGUCAGUGCACGUAUUACAACUAAUGGGUCUUCUUUGAUUGGACAGUCCAGUGGGGCACAAGCAUCCAGUCCACAAAUUUCGCCUCAGUCUAUAGCGGUUACAGACUCAAAUAUAGCACUACCUAGUCCCUUUGCUAAGUCCCAGCUCACAUUACUGCAAACAGAACGUAGUCCACGUGCAACUCAGGAAACAACGGCUCAGUUAGAUAGUCAACCAUCCCAACCUGUCACUAUUUAA